AUGGCAGCAACACCUCUUUCAAUGUUCCGAUGGACUACCAAGGCUAUGAUCAAGCCUUCUGAGGUAAAUUGGUCAGGUGGGAAGGGUCUGAGUGGUGGUCUGUGCCUGGAAGUUAUCAAGUUCAUGGACGUCCUUGGUCUAUAUUCCGUUGCUUUCCACUCGUCCUUCCCUUUGCGAGAGUCCCAAGUCUGUCUUGAUCUGAGAAAUUCUCUUAAGCUUGCCUGUGGUAUUAUAGCCAUGGCUAACAUCACCAUCGGGUUAAAAACAAUUCGGGUAAUUGUGCUACAAGGCGGCGGAGUUCCUCACCGUCGUCUUGCACAAUCUUCGUACAGUGAUGAUUUGGGAUAUUUUGCUCCUAACCAACCGCCUAGGACCGCAAAUUCGCAGGACCGUCAAAGACCGCAACCGCGGUCCGGUCUUCGGUCCCUCAGGAUUUUCGAAAAUUCAAGACCGACAAAAGACCAGUUUAACCAGUCUCAACCGGUCUUUGCAGUCAGAAAAGUUACCAAACAUUCAUGA